AUGGCAACGACUACUACAACAGCCGCAUCGCAGAAACUGGCCGUGGCAGUGAUUGGCUAUACGGGCGGAGUUGGAACAUGUUUGCUCCAAGCCAUGGAAAAGAUCCAGCUAGAGCCGUACGCGUUGGUCCGGUCUUCGACCAUGAAGAUUGCCGGCAGUGAAUCUGCCACUGACUACGGUGCCAUGAGCGAUCAGUUGGUAGCCCAUGCCACUAAGCAGGGCCAAGUUCCGGUGAUUGCCGAUGUUACUGCGUCCGCUGGUGUCCAACUGCACUAUAAAAAGUGGUUGGAAAAAGGCGUCUCUGUCGUAGCAGCCAACAAAGGUAUCUUUGCCGGUCCCGAGACCGACUAUCUUGCCCUGCUACAAGCCGCCAAGGACGGCAAGUGUCGUUUGUUGCACGAAACCACGGUGGGCGCUGGAUUGCCCACUCUGGGAACACUGCAAGCGUUAAAGGCGUCUUCCCAUGGAAUCAUCACAGUCGAAGGGAUUCUUUCGGGAACACUGGCAUUUGUGCUGGGCCAGCUAGCGGGUGGCAAGGCAACACUGUCCCAAGCCGUCCGGGAAGCCAAAGAAUUGGGAUACACCGAACCGGAUCCUCGCGACGAUCUCAAUGGAAUGGAUGUGGCCCGCAAGGCCGUGAUUUUGGCGCGAUUGGCCGGAAUGAAAAGAGUCGAAUUGUCCCAACUCUCCAUUGAAUCGCUGGUACCGGAAUCACUGCGAGACUGCAGCGUCGACGAAUUCAUGACGAACUUGAACCAACACGAUGCUGCCAUGACGGAACGAGUGGCCAAAGUAGAAGCCGCGGGAGGACGCUUGCAUUAUGCGGCCAAAGUAGAUGUGGCACAAAACAAAGUCGAGGUCGGAUUGCUGUCUUGUGAAGCAUCGCAUCCUUUCAAUAAUGCCGGACCGGAUAAUAUGGUGGCGAUUACCACCAACUUUUAUACACGGCCCUUGGUGGUGCAAGGAGCGGGAGCUGGAGGAGAUGUCACUGCAACCGGUGUGCUUGCCGACAUUUUACAAUGUGCUUAUCAGUAA